AUGGUUCGUGUAUGCGUUAUUGGAGCUGGUGCAGCGGGAUUGUGCGCUGCCCGCCACCUCCUAGUAGAACCAUGUGUCAACCAGCUGGAUAUCCUGGAACAAGCUCCUCAACUCGGCGGUACCUGGGUUUACACUGAGAAUGUGGGAUAUGACGACUUUGGACUUCCAAUUCACACCAGCAUGUAUAAAAGUUUAAGGACAAACCUUCCUAAAGAAAUUAUGGGUUUCCCGGACUUCCCAGUUCCGGAAAGUGACAAGUCUUACCUGCCCGCUAAGGACAUGCUGGCAUUCCUCAAAUUAUACGCAGACAAACAUGGCGUUACGGAUAAAAUCAAGUUCCGCCACCACGUGCAGUUGGUGAUACCAAAACAAACUCCUUCGGGAGAGCUGUGGGAUGUCACUUACAAGAACCUGACCAAUGGAGCCAUAGAGACCAAGGAGUACGACUACAUUUUCGUUUGCAAUGGACAUUAUAAUACGCCGUUUAUACCACAUAUACCAGGACUUAAAGAAUUCAAAGGUGACGUGAUGCACAGCCACGACUAUCGAGUGCCAGACAUCUUCGCUGACAAACGGGUCCUAGUCAUCGGCGCUGGUCCAUCAGGUAUGGACAUCGCCCUAGAACUGACGACUGUAUCAAAGAAAGUAAUCCUGAGUCACCACUUGAAGGAACAACCUCGCACUGAGUUUCCUGAUAAUUUGCAACAGAAACCUGAUGUGGAACGCCUUGAAGGGGAUAAGGUGUACUUCCUCGAUGGCAGCGAAGAUGAAGUUGAUGUCGUUUUCUUAUGUACCGGUUACAUGUACAACUUCCCGUUCCUCCACGAAUCCUGCGACAUCGUGGUGGAAGAGAACUGUGUGGAGCCCCUGUACAAGCAUGUGGUCAACAUGAAACACCCCAGCAUGUGCUUCAUCGGUGUCCCCUACUAUGUGUGCGCCUUCUCCAUGUUCGAUUUACAGGUCCGGUACUACGUCCGCUCAAUGAAUGGCACCUUCAGUCUACCUACUCCUGAACAGAUGGCUGAACAUUGGGAGGAGGAGAAACGGGACCGAGCUGCGAGGGGCUUCACCAGACGACAGGCGCAUAUGAUGGGACCUGACCAGGAAAAAUACUACGCAUCAUUAGCUGAUGAAGCGAAGACGAAGACUCUGCCUUCGGUGGUGACGAAAAUUCGUGACGAGAGUAUGAUUAGGUUCUUCCACAACCUUAAGAAUUACAGGCAAGAUAAAUACAAGAUUAUUGACGAUGGCACUUACGAGAUUAUAAGUAAUGGGAAACGAGAAGUUAUUUGUUGA